AUGGCUUCUGAUCGCGAUGUUCUCCCGUCAUGGGUCAAACCCUCCCACUAUGCCCUCUCCCUCCACGACCUCGAGUUUGGCGGUAACUUUGGUUACAAGGGUACCGUCAACAUCACCACCAAAAUCACAAAGGACGAUGGCUUCAACACCCUGGUCCUCAACGCACAUCAGCUCAAGCUACAAAGCGCUGAGCUCAAGGCCGGCGACAAGACACUAUCGGCAAAGGACAUCUCCUACGAUGACAAGAGACAACAAGUCACUCUAGACUUUGGCGAGAACAUCACCUACACCGGUGAAGCCGAGCUGUCCAUCAAGUUCUCAGGCUUCGUCAAUAACAUCAUGGCCGGCUUCUACCGCUCCAAGUACAAGCCCAAGGGCGACGUCCCCGCUUCCGUAGCAAAGGAUGACGAGUUCCACUACAUGUUCAGCACCCAAUUCGAGGCCUGCGACGCCCGCCGCGCUUUCCCUUGCUUUGACGAGCCGAACCUGAAAGCUACCUUUGACGUCGAGCUGGAAGUGCCCAAGGACCAGGUCGCACUCAGCAACAUGCCAGAGAAGGAGAUCAAGGCUAGCAAGAGGGACGGCUUCCACACUGUUGUAUUUGAGCGAUCGCCCAUCAUGUCUACGUAUCUUUUGGCGUGGGCUAUCGGUGACUUUGAGUACGUUGAGGCGCACACCGAGCGCAAGUACAAUGGCAAGAAUAUUCCUGUUAGGGUGUACACCACCCGUGGUUUGAAGGAGCAGGGACGUUUUGCGCUGGACAACUGCCAUAAGAUUGUCGAUUACUUCUCCGAGGUCUUCCAGAUCGAUUACCCGCUACCCAAGGUUGAUCUGUUGGCCGUUCAUGAGUUCUCGCACGGAGCUAUGGAGAACUGGGGUCUCAUCACCUACAGAACUACUGCUGUGCUCUUCGAUCCCGCCACAUCCGCCGACAGCUACCGCAACAGGGUAGCUUACGUUGUAGCUCACGAGCUUGCUCAUCAAUGGUUCGGUAACCUUGUCACCAUGGACUGGUGGAGUGAGCUUUGGCUCAACGAGGGUUUCGCGACAUGGGUCGGAUGGCUUGCGAUUGACCAUCUCUAUCCAGAAUGGAACGUCUGGGGACAGUUUGUCACUGAUUCCGUACAACAAGCCUUCGCCCUCGACGCACUACGAACCUCGCAUCCCAUCGAAGUACCCGUAUAUGACGGCCUCGAGGUCGACCAGAUCUUUGACCACAUCUCCUACCUGAAGGGAUCCUCAGUCAUCCGCAUGCUGAGCGCUCAUCUUGGCGAAAAGGUCUUCCUCCAAGGUGUUGCCGACUACCUCAAGGCCCACCAGUACUCCAACGCCACGACCAACGACCUGUGGUCCGCCUUGAGCAAGGCGUCUGGCCAGAACGUAAACACCUUCAUGGACCUUUGGGUUCGCAGAAUCGGUUUCCCAGUCGUCACCGUAGCUGAAGAGCCCGGCCAGAUUGGCCUGCGCCAACAACGUUUCCUCCUCGCCGGUAACGUCAAGCCCGAAGAGGAUGAAACCACCUGGUGGAUUCCGCUUGGCCUGCACACCGGCGAAUCUGCCUCCACUGCGUCCGUUCACAAGACAACUGCUAUGACACAGAAGGAAGACACAAUCCGAGAUGUCAGCGACAGUUUCUACCUCCUCAACAAGGAUCUCACUGGCUUCUACCGCACCAACUACCCCGCCGACCGCCUCAAGAAACUCGGAGAAGACCGUGAUCAGCUCACCGUGCAGGACAAGAUCGGUCUUGUUGGCGAUGCUUACGCGAACGCAGUUGCAGGUUACGGAUCUACUGCCGGUCUCCUCGCACUAGCAGAGCGCUUCCAAGACGAAUCCGAUUACCUGGUCUGGUCUCAGAUCCUCACCAAUAUUGGUAAUGUCCGCAGUGUCUUCUCCGGCAGCGAAGACAUCAGUGAGGGACUGAGGAAAUACCACCAAAAGCUUAUCACGCCGGCUGUUGAAAAGGUCGGCUGGGAGUUCAAGGAAGGGGAGAGUUAUCUGGUUGGUCAACUCAGGGCUGCUCUUCUUCUUUCUGCUGGUAUCGUCGGUCACAAGGCCACUGUCGAUGAGGCGUUGAAGCGCUUCGACGCUUACGUCGAGAAGGGGGACAAGAACGCUAUCCAUCCUUCUCUUCGCCGCGCUGUUUUCGCUACAGCGAUUAAGAAUCGGGGCGAAUCUGCUCUGCAAGCUGUCAUAAACGAAUACAUCAACACGACUUCGAUUGAUGGCAAGGAAAUUUGCUUGGGCAGUCUUGGGAGGGUGCAAACGAGUGAGCUGGCGAAACAGGUCAUGGACUUUGUGUUUUCCGACAAGGUUGCUAUGCAAGAUAAACACUCUUCCACCAUUGCCCUGGCCAAUAACUCAAAGGUCCGCCCGGAGGUCUGGCACUACAUAAGGGACAACUGGGAUGCCAAGGUACAUCCUGCACUUGCGGGUAACCCUGUUGUGCUGGAGCGCUUCCUCAGGUUCGGACUGAACAAGUUCACGGACGCCAAGGUUGCGGAUGAGAUCCAAGAGUUCUUCAAGACCAAGGAUACUAGAGGCUACAAUAAGGGACUGGAGGUUGUGGAUGAUACAAUUCGCAGUUAUGCAAGUUAUGCGGAGAGAGACGAGAAGGUGGUUAGGGAGUGGUUGCAAGCGAAUGGGUACUUGCAGUGA